UAACCCAAAAUCACUUUUGGGCUUGGGGUGAUGAAUUUGUUAUUAUUUUACCACCUUCAUAUUUAUUAAUUUAUUUUUGCUGAAAUUUGUACUGAAGAGAUGAAUGAGACCAUUCAAAUACCAUUAGCUGACGCUGGUGAAAGCACAUUAACUCAUGCCUCCGUUCAAGAAACAGCUCUUCCAAAUCAAGAGAUGUAUGAUAUUAGCGUUGAAAGGCCAUUGGUUCAAUCAACCAAAAUUGCUCUAAGCACCACCGCAGUUCAUGAUGCAGAUGGAUCACAGGGUUUGCAGAUUCAUCCAAGUGAAAAUUUGCUCGUUCAAGACGCAGCAUCUAUUAUGAAUGACGACGAAGAAACUACUGGGAGUCAUGUGACGCAAGAGAGUAUUGAUAAGCCCUUCAUUCAAGCUACACAAACUGCAUGGGACAUUACCAUAAUACAGGAGAAAGAAGAAUCAUACGACUCAGAUAUUCACCUUGCUAAGAACCUGUUCAACCAGACCAUAACUUCUAUGGCUGCAGACUACAAAAAAGAGGGGAAAGAAUCCAAGAUUAGGUUCCCAAUUCAUGAUGAUCAAAAUGUAUUGAGUCCUACCGUGCUAUAUGAAACAGCUCUUCAAAUUCAAGAUGAAACCAUUGAGAGGCCCUUGGUUCAAGGUACAGGUCAAGGAAGAUUAAUUCCUGGCAUAGUUCAGAACACAGAUGGUAUUGGGAAUCAGGAGAUGCCCCAGACCUUAGAGAACGCCUUAGCUCCUAUUGCUUAA